AUGGACUUGGAGGGGUUGAGUCCAGCGAUUUCUCUGACAGAGAAUGCACUGAAGCAUUUGAAUAAAACGAGGCUUGAGCAGAGUGAGGAUUUGUGCUUAAGAAUUGGAGUUAAACAGGGUGGAUGCUCAGGCAUUGUCACAACAGAAUUUGAGAGCAGAGCGAAUGUGAGACCCGACGAUUCAGUUAUGGAAUGUGAUGGUUUUGUGAUUGUUUGUGAUCCAAAGAGCCUCCUCUUUUUGUUUGGAAUGCAAUUGGAUUACAGUGAUGCUCUCAUUGGUGGAGGCUUCUCUUUCAAGAACAUAUCAGUUUAUACGGAAAAGUUUUACUUACCUGAUUCUCUCGUAUAAUUAGUCAUUAUGUGUUUGUCAACAAUGAAUGGAAGUAUGGAUAGCUAACAAAGAAAUUGAU